GGAUCCUUGUCCUCCACGCAGCAACCUCAUCCUUGGCCUGUCCGAGAGUUACAUAUUAUAGUCACCUAUCCCCCUCAUCCACCACCACCACCUACCUACUCUUCUUCCACCACGGGCGACUUCGUUGUGCAGCUUGUAGGCAUCCCGUCUUCCUAUCCUUCUGAGUCAUUCGUUUGACUUGAGGCUAUUCCAACAACCAAUUUAUACUCGACUUAUCCUCAGGACUCGCCAUCAUGCCUACAAGCAAGCCAAAGCUCGCGCAGUUGACCACCCCAGUCACGGCCACCUUCCCGUCGGAGCUCUCUGCUCUCUCGGCCAAGACGCCUCUAUCUGCAGUUCCGGACUUUAUUAAGGAGGAGUUCCCUAACAGCGCUAGAACCCCUAUCAGCCCACCUACGGCUUAUAUGGAUUUUCUCAAGGCCAUGUCGGUAUCCUCGCCAGUUGUGCCGGAGAAGAGGUCGUCGGGAACUAGCACGCCGGAAGAUGACUCAGCGCAGGAGUCAGCACCAUCGACCGCAAGCAGCGAACAGACGGACUGUUCCUGCAAAUGCGGCAACCAUAAAUCACCAGCCGGCAUUCCGCCAAGCCCUUUCUCAAGCCAGCCGAUGUCCGCACCACCAACAGGAGCAACGUCGUUCCCAAGCCUUCACAUGCCUCCAUCCCCUGCCGUAUCAACGAUAGACUCGCCACUAAGCGCAACAGCGCGGUCUCCAUUUAGCGCGAGAUCAGUGCGAUCACCGUUUGACUGGGAAGCAGCGUUGAAGUCUAGGUAUGCGCAGGAUUGCAGAGCGCAAAAAUCGACAGGGAAGAGUGUGCGGCACAUUCGAGAGGUUGUUACGAGGACCGUUACUUACACGCCGAGAAUGGACCCGGCGCCGAAGGGCAAGAGAAGGAAGACGACGCAUCUGGACUGCCCGAAAGCUCAAGCAGCUGCCGCAACGGCGGCGGCGGCACGGACGAAUACGGUUUAGGACCUCGACUAAACCACCUCCUUAUUUGCCAUACUACUCAAUCCCGAACGAACUAAAGUCUUAACAUCCUCCCCCAACUCUAUAUCGGCUUCUAUGCCAAGAAUUGUCAUCUAUUUUCCAUUUGUUUAUACCUAUUACUAUCUAUCUCACUCAUUUA